CCGGCGAAAUCGGACGGUCGAGAUCAAUCAUGCACCGUAGAGCAAUUCAAGAAUCAGACGACGAAGAAGAUGAGACUUACAACGACGUCGUUCCUGAAUCUCCUUCUUCUUGUGAAGACUCAAAGAUCUCAAAACCAACUCCAAAGAAAAGUAGGAGGAACGUAGAGAAGAGAGUUGUCUCAGUUCCGAUUGCUGACGUGGAAGGAUCUAAGAGUAGAGGAGAAGUAUAUCCACCGUCCGAUUCAUGGGCCUGGAGAAAGUACGGACAAAAGCCGAUCAAAGGCUCGCCUUAUCCAAGGGGAUAUUACAGAUGCAGUAGCUCAAAAGGAUGUCCGGCGAGGAAGCAGGUGGAGAGAAGCCGUGUGGACCCUUCAAAGCUCAUGAUUACUUACGCCUGCGACCACAACCACCCUUUCCCUUCCUCCUCCGCUAACAACAAAUCCCACCACCGCUCCUCCGUCGUCCUCAAAACCGCCAAAAAAGAGGAAGAAUACGAAGAGGAGGAAGAAGAACUAACCGUCACCGCCGCAGAAGAACCGCCGGUGGGACUAGACCUGAGCCACGUAGACUCACCUUUGCUCUUAGGUGGCUGCUACAGCGAAAUCGGCGAGUUCGGGUGGUUCUACGACGCGUCGAUCUCAUCAUCAUCUGGUUCUUCGAAUUUCCUCGACGUAACUCUAGAGAGAGGUUUUUCAGUAGGCCAAGAGGAAGAUGAGUCUUUGUUCGGUGAUCUCGGUGAUUUACCUGAUUGCGCCUCCGUGUUCCGCCGUGGCACGGUUGCGACGGAGGAACAACAUCGGAGAUGUGAUUUUGGCGCCAUUCCUUUCUGUGAUAGUUCUAGAUGAGUGUGUGUAGCCAAAACCAAAAGAAAAAAAACAAUUUUUU